UCAUGCUGCUGCCAGGUCCAGAGUGUCUCAUGGGUCCCUGUACGGCCUCCCAUUGCUGCUGUCUCCAUCGCCACACUCUGCCAUGUGCCACUUUCAGGUCUCCUCACACUGCUGGUGGGUUCCAUUUUGUCAUAGGGUGCUGGCGGGAUUACGGGCCUCCCAUUGCUGCUGCCAGGCCCGUAAUCUGCCAUGGGCCCCCGUUACCGCCUCCUCAUGCUGCUGCCAGCGUCCAUAGUGUCUCAUGGGUCCCCUGUACGGCCUCCCAUUGCUGCUGUACUCCAUCGCCAAAACUCUGC